CCGUCUCGCCGGCGCCGGUAAAGGGAGCUUCGUGGCCGGCCGAGUGAGGGUGGUUGCGGCGUUCCUGGGGACCUUCGUCCGCGAUACAGCAGUGCGGCCAUGGCAGAACCGCAGCCCGCGUCCGGCGGCCUUACCGACGAGGCCGCCCUCGGCUGCUGCUCCGACCCGGACCCCAGCACCAAGGAUUUUCUCUUGCAGCAGACCAUGCUGCGAAUUAAGGAUCCUAAGAAGUCGUUGGAUUUUUAUACUAGAAUUCUUGGAAUGACAUUACUCCAAAAAUUAGAUUUUCCCACUAUGAAAUUUUCACUCUAUUUUUUGGCUUAUGAGGAUAAAAAUGACAUCCCAAAAGAUAAAGAUGAAAGAGUAGCAUGGGCAUUCUCCAGAAAAGCUACACUUGAACUGACACACAAUUGGGGCACUGAAGAUGAUGAGACCCAGAGUUACCACAGUGGCAAUUCAGACCCUCGGGGAUUUGGUCACAUUGGAAUUGCUGUUCCUGAUGUUCACGGUGCUUGUAAAAGAUUUGAAGAACUGGGAGUCAAAUUUGUGAAGAAACCUGAUGAUGGUAAAAUGAAAGGCCUGGCAUUUAUUCAAGAUCCUGAUGGCUACUGGAUUGAAAUUUUGAAUCCUAACAAAAUGAUAACUAUUAUUUAGUUCUGUGAGAAUGUUGCUUUGAGAUUUCAGUGAAGACAUUGUGGAAGGUAAAAAAGGAGACAAUGUGAUUCAAGAUAUUCAGUUAACAGAAGCAUCUAGGACUGAUGGAUUAUUGUCUCAAUUAAAAUUAUUCUUAAGUCCA